AUGUCGUGCCCACAUCAUAAAAAUUGUUUCAAAUGGGGACCCUAUGAACCCGCUUUUGUUUUGCCAUUGAAUGAUUGGUACAAUAUUGAAAAUGCCUUGGUAACCAAAGAUUGCAAUGAAGAGUGUAUCUCUCUUUUCAUAGCUGUCCUCAAUGCAACAAAAAGAUGGGCAGAUUUUGAAAUCCAAAUGUUAUUAAAUUUCAAACUAGGAAUUCAAGAUUACUACCCCAAUGAUAUGAAAAUAGGUAAUUAUUCAGAUGGCUCUAUGUCCGAGGAUGAAAAGAAGGAAUUUUGCAAGUUUUUCAAAGACAUGGAUGUUGUGGACCAAUUUAAAGAAGAAAACCCUAAAGUUGUUGCUCGUUCACCAAGAAGAUAA